AAGAUACCAUAGAGAAAGUCAAAGUCAUCCAAGAGAGGAUGAAGGCUGCCCAAGACCGACAGAAAUCAUAUGCCGAUCUUGGGAGGAAGCCAGCUGAAUUCGAGGUAGGGGAGAAAGUUCAACUCAAAGUCUCUCCUACAAGGGGAGUAAUGAGGUUCGGGAAGAAAGGGAAACUAAGCCCGAGGUUCAUCGGACCCUACGACAUCCUAGAGAAGGUGGGAAAAGUGGCAUAUCGAUUAGCUCUACCCACAGAGUUGGAUAAGGUACAUAACGUCUUUCACGUAUCACAAUUAAAGAAGUACGUUCGAGAUGAGUCACAUAUCAUCAAUCCUGAGGUGAUUGAAAUGGAUGAGGCGUUAUCCUACGAAGAAAA